AUGGCCGACGACUCCCUCUCCAUCUACGACGAGAUCGAGAUCGAAGACAUGACCUUCGACCCGAAUCUCCAAAUCUACACCUUCCCCUGCCCCUGUGGUGACCGAUUCGAGAUCGCCAUCGAUGAUCUUCGUGAUGGUGAAGAGAUCGCCGUUUGUCCAAGUUGCAGUCUCAUGAUUAGAGUGAUCUUUGACCUGGCCGAUCUACCUAAAGCGGAUAAUGCGCAGACUUCGGCUGUGAGCGUCCAGGCUUGA